GGGUCUGUCUCUGGUGCUGUUUCAAUGCCAAGGGUCUGUCUCUGGUGCUGUUUCAAUGCCAAGGGUCUGUCUCUGGUGCUGUUUCAAUGCCAAGGGUCUGUCUCUGGUGCUGUUUCAAUGCCAAGGGUCUGUCUCUGGUGCUGUUUCAAUGCCAAGGGUCUGUCUCUGGUGCUGUUUCAAUGCCAAGGGUCUGUCUCUGGUGCUGUUUCAAUGCCAAGGGUCUGUCUCUGGUGCUGUUUCAAUGCCAAGGGUCUGUCUCUGGUGCUGUUUCAAUGCCAAGGGUCUGUCUCUGGUGCUGUUUCAAUGCCAAGGGUCUGUCUCUGGUGCUGUUUCAAUGCCAAGGGUCUGUCUCUGGUGCUGUUUCAAUGCCAAGGGUCUGUCUCUGGUGCUGUUUCAAUGCCAAGGGUCUGUCUCUGGUGCUGUUUCAAUGCCAAGGGUCUGUCUCUGGUGCUGUUUCAAUGCCAAGGGUCUGUCUCUGGUGCUGUUUCAAUGCCAAGGGUCUGUCUAUGGUGUUGAGACUGUAGUGACAGAGUUGUCUGUCUGUCUGUCUGUCAUCUCCUUCAGUCCAGUGACGGAGGAAAGCUCAAGAGAACGAGGCCUGCUCCACCUAUGGAGGGGCUACUGCAGUAGUGUUACCCCCGAACGGGUGCUUCUGGCCCAGCCAGUCCUCCAGGCUGCCCUGGGCACCAGCCAUGGUGUCCUCCUGGCCGAAGGUGGGCUGGUGUACAGCUUCGGGGACCUGACUUGGAGGCAGGGCCUGAGGGUUCUUCCUACUGACCCUCUCCUGGAGUCUGUCCUCUCUGGUCAAUGUGUCGUGUCUGUAGCUGCAGGCUCCUUCCACUGUGCGGCCGUCACACAGGAAGGGGCUGUGUACAUGUGGGGAGAGAACUCCUCAGGGCAGUGUGGUCUGUUAGCGAGAGGCCUGGUCCCAGAUCCAAGCCCCAUCAGUAUGGUGGACUCUGAGACUGUCCCUCCACAGAUCAUCAGGGUCCUGGAGGUAGCCUGUGGGGAGCAGCACACUCUGGCUCUGUCUGCCCAGCAUGAGGUGUGGGCCUGGGGCAGCGGCUGCCAGCUGGGCCUGGUCACCAGUGUGUUCCCUGUGUGGAGACCCCAGAAGGUGGAGCACCUGGCUGGGAGGCAUGUGGUUCAGGUGGCGUGUGGAGGAUACCACAGCCUGGCCCUGGUCCGGCGCUUCCCUCCACAAGACUCUCAGUUCACUCGGCCGACGGCUACUGAAAAGUGUGGCCAGUGCAACCAGCCGCUGUUCUCUAUGGUGGAUAAAGAGGACCAUGUCAUCAUCAACGACAGCCACUACUGCCCCCUAGGGAUUGAGCUGGCCGAUACCAAACCAGGGAGCUGCUCGAGAUCCAGACAGGCCUCCCCUGCCAGACAGUCCUCCUUACGCCCAGAGACUCAGAGCCUCAGCCUGCCCCCUGACCCAGACCUAGCCCAAGACCCCAUUAUAGGCCCUAAAUACCUCUUUCCUGACAGCUCUCUCAGAGAGUCUGGCUCCAAAGAACAAAGUGACCAAGAGGAUACCUCGGACCCUCAAAGACAUGGCCUUGGGACUCCGACAGAGACAGACAGCACUCAGGUGAGGAGGAAAACCACAUCUUCAACCGAGGAACUGAAGGACAAGAGAAGGUCUGAUCACAUCCUGAGCCCGGCUGAGCAGAAUGACAUCACAGGGAAUCCACUCACCUUAGCCAGUGAGACAUCAGGGGAUCCAAUCACCUUAGCCAGUGAGACAUCAGGGGAUCCACUCACCUUAGCCAAUCAGACAACAGGGGAUUCACUCAUCUUAGCCAAUCAAACAACAGGGGAUCCACUCCCAGGACAGUGCCUAAACUGUUACCUACCUGAUCAAGACCAACCUUCUGCCUUAACCUUAACACCGUAUCUUCCACCACAACCUACAAAUGACACCACCAUGCCAUCCAGCUUAUCAUGUUCACUACCAGAGAACUACACAGGUGCCUUAGCUUUAAUGGACAAUACUGCCUCUGCCUCACCCUUCGAGGGAAACGCCACUUUAGGCACCGGCUCCACCAGCAGCCUCUGUGACUCAUCUAAGAGUGAAGGGUGUAUCCUGAGGGAGGCUAGGUCUGGGCCUGUCCUGGCAUACAGGAAGGCCACCCAGGAGGUGCGUCUCUGUGUGGAGGAGGAGUCGUUGCAGGGGAAGAAAUGCUCCAGUCUGACUGAUAUUCUGCUAGAGGAGGUCACAGGGGCUAAUAGACGACACUCACUACCUCCACUCCUCUCUCGUGCAUCCCCUGAGCUACCCAGCAGGAGGACCACCCGCUCCAGGAAGGAGGAGGUAGUGGAGGCCCUGCCCUCCCUGAACACAGAGGUGUGGAGCUGGGGCCGGGGGAAGGAGGGACAGCUGGGCCACGGAGACCAGCUACCCAGGCUCCAGCCACUGUGUAUCAAGAUCCUGAAUGGAGAGGAGGUAGUGAAGGUAGCUGCAGGGACAUACCACUCACUGGCCCUCACUGCACAGUGUCAGGUGUUGUCGUGGGGCAGCAACAGAUCCGGCCAGUUGGGACACAUGGACAGCCCCACUACCAUGCCUCAACAGGCCAAGAUGUCAGAGGGUCUGCGUGUGUGGGACCUGGCAGCAGGGCAGAGCCACAGUGUGUUCCUGGCUGAUGGUGACUGCUGCCAGCCCAUCCUCUGUUACAGCGGUCAACAGGUGAUGGAGACCACACCUGAGAACCACAUACCUGGGACAGAGUCAACUGAGAGCUCUCCCUCUAUAACGGACACGUUCACCCUCAGACCGGUCCUGCUGCCCUUCUGUAUGGACAUGGGCUACAUCAGCGGUGUGUAUGGCGGAGGACAGUCCUGUCUGGCCCAGGCUGAUCACAACGUGAUGGGGUUCAUCUCUGCUCUCCACGAGCUGGCUGCAGCAGACAGGAAGUUCUACUGCAGGCUCAGAGACGUCAACAAGCGGGUGGUCAGCCCUCUACUGAGCAAAGAGUCUGUGUACACGGUGCUGGGCCACAUGUCCAGCCUGCUGUUCCAGACCAUGGCUGGUAGCUACAACAGGCUUUGUCACCUGACAGGACAACACUCCAUUUCCCUUACAACCUUCCUCCGUACUGGCCGGGACGUCAAAGGACUGGUCAUCCUGAAACACGCUAACACCUUCCUGGACAUGUAUAAAGAGCAACUCACCAUCUGUUUUCUCGAUCUCUCUCUCUGCAGGUACUGUGGCUCAGUGGGUAAUUUCGUGGUUAUGGGCGGAUUCCAAGCCCUCAUGAAGCCCUCUGUGGAGUGUUUCGGGAAGAAGUUGGAUGUAUUGCGUCAGCUGUCAGACUCCAGUGGAGACAAGGUUCCUCUGUCUGACCUGUUGGUGUCGCUGUUCUACGCUCCUAUACAACACAUCCACGAGUACAGCAGGCUGCUUCUCAAGCUGGCCACCUGUUUCGAUGUGAGUACAGUGGAAUACCAGAGGCUGCAGGAGGGUUACUCCAGGUAUGAGGCACUUUCUUUCAGCCUGAGGAGGAAGAGGAAGGAGUCAGAGACAACUAACCAGUUCUGGAGGACAUAUUCUGGGAAAACUACUGAUGUCCUUCAGACGCCCCAGCGCAGGCUGGUGUAUGAAAGCAGCGACAAGAGCCUGACCCUCCAGAACGCUGGGAGGUUCUCUGUUAACCGGUUCAUCCUGUUCAACGACGCUCUGAUUCAUGCACAGUUCUCAUCUCACCAUGUCUACCCUCUGGCCACUCUCUGGGUGGAGGCCAUCACGGACAUCACUGCCAGCAGCAACCAGUAUGGAAUUAAGGUGACAACUCCAGAGGAGAGCUUCACUCUGCUGGCCUCCUCCCCUCAGGAAAAGGCGAAGUGGCUGAGGGCUAUUAACCAGGCCGUGGAGGUGGUGUUGACCGGAGAGGGGAGCGGUGCUGGGGUCCCUGCUGUCUCUCGUACCGCCUCCUACGUCUUCUGUAAAGACCUCCGUCUGAAGGACGCCUCCUACUCAGGGCGCUGGCUGUCUGGCAAGCCCCACGGCAAAGGGACCAUGAAAUGGCCAGAUGGCAGAACGUUCACAGGGACGUUUAAACAAGGACUGGAGGACGGCUACGGAGACUGUAAAAUGCCAAACAAGCUCCUCGACAAGAGUGAUCGUUACCAGGGCCACUGGAGAGAUGGGAAGAUGCAUGGCUUUGGGACGUACAAGUAUGCUACAGGUCAGGUGUAUGAGGGAUCCUUCCAUGAUAACAUCCGUCAGGGCCAUGGGAUGCUGAGCUCUGGGAAGCUGAUUGGCUCUUCCUCCAGUGUGUUCGUUGGCCAAUGGCUUCAGGACAAGAAGAUGGGAUAUGGAGUCUUUGAUGACAUCACUAGAGGGGACAAGUACAUGGGCCUAUGGGUAGAUGACCAGCGCCAGGGCAAUGGGGUGGUAGUCACUCAGUUUGGUCUCUACUAUGAAGGGGCCUUCAGCAACAACAAGAUGAUGGGCACUGGUCUGCUGGUGUCUGAUGAUGACACGGCCUUUAAGGGAGAGUUCUCAGACGACUGGACCCCUAAUGGCAAGGGUACCCUGUCGAUGUCCAAUGGAGACUUCAUAGAGGGUCUGUUUAGUGGAGAGUGGACCUCAGGGUUGAAGAUCACGGGAACCUACAUUAAGCCUAAUCUCUAUGAACCUGACAAGAAGGAGUCAACCUGCGUGCUCGAGGUGGGCCAUCUAGCCGUACCACCAGAGCAGAAGUGGAGGGCAGUGUUCUCCGAGUGUUGGAGCAGGCUGGGCUGUGAGGCCCCGGGACGGCCUGAGGAGAGCAGGAGGGCCUGGGAACAUAUCGCUGUUACACUCACCACAGGACGCAGAGACAGUCCAGAGCUGCUGAGCAGGUCUCAGAGUAGAGUCCUGGAGAAGCUGGAGGUGAUUCCACAACACACAGGUCCAGUUACUGCUGCGAGGUAUGACGUCAUCCGACGAUACCUCACCAAGGCCUGUGAGACCCCCCUCCACCCUCUGGGAUGGUUACUGGAGACCCUGGUGACGGUGUACAGGAUGACCUAUAUAGGGGUAGGGUCUAACAGAAGGUUGCUACAACAGGCUGUGGAAGAGAUCAAGUCCUACCUCAGACGCAUCUUCCAGCUGGUCAGGCUUCUGUUCCCUGACCUCCCUGAUGAGGGGGUUGUUAUCCACACUGACCCCAAAGGAUCCUCAGAGACAAACCAGCAAGGCUGGUUGGUGAGUAGCUCCACUCUGCUGCUGCCCGUCCUGCUGCCGCGGCUGUACCCUCCUCUGUUCACCCUGUAUGCCCUGGACAAGGAGAGAGAGGAGGAGGUGUACUGGGACUGUGUCCUGAGGCUCAACAAACAGGCUGACCUGGGCCUGCUGGCCUUCCUGGGGGUCCAACAGAAGUUCUGGCCUGUUUCCGUGUCUGUGUUGGGAGAGAAGCAGCAGGUCCUUCCCAGCACCAAAGAUGCUUGCUUUGCUUCUGCAGUGGAGACCUUACAACAGAUCAGCACCACCUUCACCCCGUCAGACAAGCUGCAGGUGAUCCAGCGUACCUUUGAGGAGCUGACCCAGGAAGUACAUGCCCUGCUAGAGGGGAACUUCCUGUUUUCCAUGGACGACCUCUUCCCUCUCUUCCUCUACGUCGUGCUUAGAGCACGGAUGAGGAAUCUGGCUGCUGAGGUGAGUCUUAUAGAAGACCUAAUGGACCCCUCUCUGCAGAACGGAGAACUGGGACACAUGUUCAUCACACUCAAGGCUUGCUGUUUUCAGAUCCAGCAGGAGAAGACCACGUAGGGAAGGAAGUGUACUGCCUUCUACAACGGAGGUCGACCGGGGCGGACCCACUUUCCAUCCCGUCGACUCCAGAUGACCAGAUAGUCAGUCUGGCGAUUGAUCAUCCUGGGCUAAAGACAUUUACAUUUUUUUACUAUUAUUUAUACAGGGAAGUCCCAUUUGAGACCGAAGCCCUGCUUCACAAAAAGUAGCAAAACAAUACAAAGUACACAAUAAGGAAUUAGUGAAACAAUUAUAACAAUCAAAGGCCGGAGCAUGAGAAAUAAAUUAGAAAAAUGUAUUUAAGAGAUGCAGUGAAAAGGGAGUUCUAGACUUCAGGUGCUGCUGCCUCAUGACAAAGGGAACUUUCAUGCACCCUGACUAGCUUUUAUCCUGACUAGCUUUUAUCCUGACUAGCUUUUAUCCUGACUAGC